AUGGAGCCUCAGGACUCGAUUAGCGCAGACGAGAUCGCACUCUACGAUCGCCAAAUCCGUCUCUGGGGCGUCCAGGCGCAAGAAAAGCUUCGAUCCGCGAACAUCCUCUUGAUCACAUUCAAGGCGCUUGCGAACGAGGUCGCCAAAAACCUGGUAUUGGCGGGCAUUGGUAGUCUGACCAUUGUUGAUGAUGCCAUUGUCACCGACGAAGACCUCGGCGCGCAAUUCUUCAUAAAUCAAGACUGCCUCGGCCAAAACCGAGCGCAAGCUGCAGCUCCGGCUGUUCGCUCCAUGAACCCACGGGUCCAGCUUCAUAUCGACACAGACAACAUAGCCAACAAGCCUCCAGAAUUCUUCGCGCGAUUCGAUAUCACAAUCGCAACUGAGCUGAGUUUCUCAAUGCAUGCGAGCAUAAACGCGGCGUGUCGUCUCGCUGGUCGCCCAUUCUACGCCGCAGGACUGCAUGGAUUUUACGGAUUUGUCUUUGCCGACCUCAUCGAGCAUGAUUUCGUGAUUGAGCGAUCACAAUCAAAUGUCGCAUCAGCAUCUCGAGAAACCCUGACGCGGACAAUUCUGGACAUCAAAACCAAGAGGGAGAACGGGAAAGUUAUUGAAAUGGUUACAAAGCGGGAGACGUAUUCGCCUCUACUCUUAGCCAACACUUCACCACUUCCUGAAGAUUACACCCGUCUACCCCGCCGCAGACGACAAGUGACACCACUUCUCAGUUGCCUCCGAGCAACGUGGGAAUUCCAGAAACUUAGCCAAGGCAGACUGCCGACCUUUGAUGAUUUCGAGGUAUUCUGGAAGCUAGCCCACGAUGUGCACCAAGAACUUAAGCUCGACAUUGCUAGCAUUGACGCCGUAUUUCUACGGAAAUUUAUCCAAAAUCUCGGCUCUGAAUUGAGUCCUGUGGCUGCCUUUUUAGGUGGCAGCUUAGCCCAAGAUGUCAUUAAUGUCUUGAGCUCGCGCGAGCAACCGCUUCAGAACCUCUUGCUGUUUGACGGCGAGAGAUCUGUCGCGCCCAUUUACCCACUUCAUCCUUUCUUCCCUCCAGAGAUAGAGAACGCCAUGCCUGCCGUCGCUCCUGUAGCAAACCCAAUUCCACUGAACGGCCAUCCCGGCGUGGGACCUCUAUAG